GCCAUAGAAGAAACCCCUUGGGGAGAUGGGCCUGUCUCCAGGUCAGGCCUGAAGUGGGUUUCAAAGCGGAAGCUGCAGGGGGUGAUGGUAUCUCACUGCUCCUCGGCUUUCAGGAGGAUCUGGGCGUUAGAGAGAGGCGGUGGCUUAUCUUCUGUGGUUGCUCAGGACGGCUGAAUGUGCUGCUGUGGGUAGUGGCUGCUUUAUUUUCUUCUGUGGAGGACUGGGAGCUGGGCCAGGAGACCACAUUCAUACUACAAGCUUGGAUAACCGGCGUUACCUGGGGCCUUUAGGGCUCUUGAAAUUUUCCACUCGCAUUUUGUAUUCACGGGAGAAUUUCCAGCCCAGACUUUUCCUGCUCACAGAUAUGCAAAGCAGAGACCUCCCACCCCAGCAGCGGCAGGCAGGACCCAGCUAGCUGCUCUUACACUGACUCAGCGCAGCCUCCAGGGCAGCACUAGCACCUGGCCGGAGGACAUCGUUGCCUGUGUGAUCCCCAGGAUCAGUCAUGGAGUCUCCAGAGCCGGGCUCAGCCGAGAUGCCGCGACAAUUCCCCAAGCUGAACAUCUCUGAAGUGGACGAGCAAGUCCGACUGCUGGCUGAGAAGGUGUUUGCUAAAGUGCUACGAGAAGAGGACAGUAAAGAUGCCCUGUCCCUCUUCACUGUCCCUGAGGACUGCCCCAUUGGCCAGAAGGAAGCCAAGGAGAGGGAACUACAGAAGGAGCUGGCGGAGCAGAAGUCUGUGGAGACUGCAAAAAGAAAGAAAAGUUUCAAGAUGAUCCGUUCCCAGUCCCUGUCUCUGCAAAUGCCGACACAGCAAGACUGGAAAGGCCCCCCAGUGACCAGUCCAGCCAUGUCUCCUGCAACCCCCGCACCCCCUGGAGCCACUUCCCAGCCCACACCAGUACCCUACGCCAUGCCUGAGUACCAGCGGGUCACCAUCAGUGGAGAUUACUGUGCUGGGAUCACUGUGGAGGACUACGAGCAGGCCGCCAAGAGCCUGGCCAAGGCCCUGAUGAUCCGGGAGAAGUAUGCACGGCUUGCCUAUCACCGCUUCCCGCGGACCACAGCCCAGUACCUAGGUCAUCGGCGGGCCAACACGGCACUCCUGGAGGAAGGUCUCCCAGAAUUCCACCCUCCCCCGCAGCCCGGGGAAGACCCUUACUGCCUGGAUGAUGCACCCCCCAAUCUGGGCUACCUGGUUUGCAUGCAGGGGGGCAUCCUCUUCGUGUAUGAUAACAAAAAGAUGCUGGAGCGCCAGGAGCCCCACAGCCUGCCCUACCCUGACCUGGAGACCUACACGGUGGACAUGAGCCACAUCCUGGCUCUCAUCACUGACGGCCCCACGAAAACCUAUUGUCACCGGCGACUGAACUUUCUGGAAUCCAAGUUCAGCCUUCACGAGAUGUUAAAUGAAAUGUCCGAGUUCAAAGAGUUGAAGAGUAACCCCCAUCGAGACUUCUAUAACGUGAGAAAGGUGGACACGCACAUCCACGCAGCGGCCUGCAUGAACCAGAAGCACUUGCUCCGCUUCAUCAAGCACACGUACCAGACGGAGCCUGACAGGACUGUGGCUGAGAAGCUGGGCCGGAAGAUCACCCUGCGGCAGGUGUUCGACAGCCUGCACAUGGACCCCUACGACCUCACUGUGGAUUCGCUGGAUGUCCAUGCUGGCCGACAGACAUUCCAUCGUUUUGACAAGUUCAACUCCAAAUACAACCCUGUGGGGGCCAGUGAGCUUCGCGACCUGUAUUUAAAAACUGAAAACUACCUGGGAGGAGAGUACUUUGCCAGGAUGGUCAAGGAGGUGGCCCGGGAGCUGGAGGAGAGUAAGUACCAGUACUCGGAGCCACGGCUCUCCAUCUAUGGCCGCAGUCCUGAGGAGUGGCCCAACCUGGCCCGCUGGUUCAUCCAGCACAAGGUCUACUCACCCAACAUGCGCUGGAUCAUCCAGGUGCCCCGGAUCUAUGAUAUAUUUAGGUCAAAGAAGCUGCUGCCAAACUUUGGAAAGAUGCUGGAGAAUAUCUUCCUGCCCCUUUUUAAGGCCACAAUCAACCCCCAAGAUCAUCGGGAGCUUCACCUCUUCCUCAAAUAUGUGACAGGGUUUGACAGUGUGGAUGAUGAGUCCAAGCAUAGCGACCACAUGUUCUCAGACAAGAGCCCCAGCCCAGACAUUUGGACCAGCGAGCAGAACCCGCCCUACAGCUACUACCUGUACUAUAUGUAUGCCAACAUCAUGGUGCUCAACAACCUCCGCAGGGAACGAGGCCUGAGCACAUUUCUGUUCCGGCCUCACUGUGGGGAGGCUGGCUCCAUCACCCACCUGGUGUCUGCCUUUCUAACUGCUGACAACAUUUCCCAUGGGCUGCUCCUCAAGAAGAGUCCGGUAUUGCAGUAUCUCUACUACCUUGCUCAGAUCCCCAUUGCUAUGUCCCCUCUUAGCAACAACAGCCUUUUCCUAGAAUAUUCCAAGAAUCCUCUGCGGGAAUUCCUGCACAAGGGACUGCACAUCUCUCUCUCCACUGAUGACCCCAUGCAGUUCCACUACACAAAGGAAGCACUGAUGGAGGAAUAUGCCAUUGCAGCCCAAGUGUGGAAGCUGAGCACGUGUGACCUGUGUGAGAUCGCCAGGAACAGUGUGCUGCAGAGUGGCCUCUCACAUCAGGAAAAGCAAAAGUUUUUGGGACAAAAUUAUUACAAAGAAGGACCUGAGGGAAACGAUAUUCGAAAGACAAAUGUUGCUCAGAUCCGGAUGGCGUUCCGAUAUGAGACCUUAUGCAAUGAGCUCAGCUUCCUGUCUGAUGCCAUGAAAUCAGAAGAGUUCACAGCCCUGACCAAAUAGGUCUGCACUCGACACGCACCUUAACCUUUUAGUUUAAUUUUAAGUCAGCUAUGGCUAACAGUGGUCAAGAUACCAAAUUAGGGUUUUCCUCUGUGAAGAGGAUGUGUCUGAAGAAAUUUUAAACUUGUGAUUUUGGUUGCCCUGUUCAUUUUAUGAUCAGACAUGCCCACUUCUGUUAGUAUUUCUGAGUAAGAAAUGGCAGCUUUUCCUCGGGCACCUGGGAGCUGGCACUAGUCUGUACUUGUUCCUAAUUUUCCACAUAUUUCUCUUGUACCUGCUGAGGCUAAAGAGUUAGGGCCAGGAUUAUCCAUGGUCAAAUGCCAAGUGACAUGAGGCCUGUGUGGUUUUCUGCCACUUUUCUCUGCAGGCCUUGCAGGCUAAUUGGUAGCUGUUCAUUUCAGCCUUUGGCUAGCUGGUUGCCUUACACAAAAUCACUUUAAAGCUCCCUUUCAUAAAGGGGCUACUUUGAGAGGAAUAGAAGAGAUUCCCUUCUUUUUUUUUUUUAUGAAUUUCUUAACCUGUUUUAUUUAGCUCUUCUUUCUAACUUAUAAAACCAAAUUUGCUCAUUAACAUGGGCACUCCUAUUCUGUUUUGGUUUCCUCGUCUGGAAAGUGUUUACAAAUGUGUUCUGUGAAUCCCCCCCCCCCCAAGAACAAUUCCACGGGUGGGGAGGAAAUGGGGCAAGUGAGGCUCUGGGGGCUGUCAAAGUGACUCUGCUUUCAUCAGUCUUCCACUGGGGCUACUACAUAUUUUCAUUUGAAAACUAAAAACUUUAAAAAAUACAGAACCAAAUGAUCUCUGUUCCUUUUGGUUUUAAUAUCCUAUGAUUGUAGCCCAAUUAUUAUUUUAUCGAUGAAGAGUUAGGCCACAGAAGUGAAAUUUGUUUGCUCAGGGUCACACAGCUAAUAAGACAACUAGAGCUAGGUUUCCUUAUUUCCAAUCCAGUCCUUCCUCUGCUAUUCCAUUAGACUGAACAAAUGACUUUUUCUUUUUAAACCACUGUAACCUGGUACAUUUUUUUCAAAGACAAAAUUUCCCCCUUACCUGAUAUGAAGACUUCUUCAGAAGAUGAGUGGUCCCAGGUAGAAAGCAUUUCUAUAACUAAUCUGGAGUUAAACUUUGUUAAUGAAUUCCUCAUCUGUUACUAGUGCCUAGUACAUUGUAGGUGCUCAAUAAAUGCACAUGGAAUAAAUGGAUGAAUUUCUCUUUUUGCAACUUUUUAAGGACCUGGGCUCUGAGCACUCAACAAAGUACUCAAAACUAGAAGAACCCUGUUUUUGUGUGGGAACAUGCGUAUUGACUUUAGAUUGUCUUGUCCUGUGACUUUAUAAUGCCUGCCCCUCCAGUGGUCAACAUAGCAUAUGAAACUAUAAAUGUAAUCUUUUUAUUAGGCAAACAUAUGUGCUCUCUUAUAUAGCUAAUUAUGAAACUGAAUAAAAACCUGUCAUUAUCUUAGAAAUUAUUUUUUAAAAGUCUCCAUUUGUAUACAUUCACCCUAACAUAGCAAGUACUGUACAGUUUUUCAUUGUAAUUUUAUCUGUAUCAAGUAUUUUUUUAAUUAUUAAAUAAAAGUAUGUUAGGACUGUGAUUCAAUAAUUUAAAACUAUCUCAAAUUAAUAUUUACAUCAAAUGUUUUUUUUGAGAUUGGGCAUAAUGAAAAGCUAUCAAUAACAGUUUAUUUUUUACUAAGACUGAGACAUGGAUGACAUUCACUAGAAAAAUUCAAAUUAUUCAAACUGAAGUUCAUUAGACCUUAGAAGGUAAAUCUUUGCUAUCUUUUUCCUCUAACUUCUGCCUUAUUAGGGGCUUAUCAGCAAAGUUCCUCUCCCUGGAUAUUACAUUAGUCUGCUCAGCCAAUGUGUGUUGGUUCUACUGUCCUGCAAUCUUUCCAGGCAUGUAUCUUCUGGAGCACUUUAUGCUCUGACUACACUGUUGUACUUGAUUGGUCUUUUUGGAGGUAAAUUCUUUCUUUCCAUUGUGUUCACAGUUGGAAUCAAAGGCAAUUGUACACUGGUUUCUAAAAGAAUAGUUUUGAGGCAGUGUUAAUUAGUGUGUUUUCCGUGUAACUUCGAGUUGUAUGACUGAAACAGUCAACAUCAUUACUCUUUGCCUCAUGCACACAAAUCUCAGCUCCUGGGAUGGUAUUUAUCAAGGCCCAUUCCUGGCUUUUACUUUCUCUUAGAUUAAACAGAGCUGAAAGCACAUCCCUCCAGCUAUCUCUUUACUUGUUUCUGAGUACUGUGCUAGUAAAACUAUAUUAGUGGUGCACCUGAAUGUUCUAUCCCUGAACCAUGGCUGUUAUAAAGAACAAGUGUAAUUAACUCCAAUAAAAGGCACACAAAUCAUAGAUAAA